AUGGAUAAUAUAACCGAUUUUGCAACCUACACCCUGAUGGAACCAAAGGGCUCUAAAUCAUAUAGACAUAUAUAUUUCACAUGCUUGUUCUUUCUUUAUUGUCUAAUAUUGUUUUUGAACAUUUGCCUUUGUGUGGUCAUUGUCUUGGAGAGAGCCCUUCAUGAACCAAUGUACAUUUUUCUGUGUAAUCUGUGUUUAAAUGGAAUAUAUGGAGCCACUGGAUUUUAUCCUAAAUUCCUACAUGAUUUAAUACUGGAUUCAUAUGUAAUUCCUUCUUACAUGUGUGCUUUUCAAUCUUUUGUUAUAUACAGUUCAGUUAAAUGUGAAUAUUCUACAUUAGCAGUAAUGGCAUAUGACAGACAUGUGGCUAUAUGUCAACCUUUAGAUUAUCACUCAAAGAUGAACACAUUUUCUUGUGUCAUGUUACUUUUCUUCUGUUGGACUGUAUCAUUCAUUUCAACACUCAUUGCGCUGCUCCUAUCAAACAAGUUGGUAUUAUGUAAAAAUCACAUUGAUAAAUUGUACUGUGACAACUGGUCAAUGGUAAAGCUCUCGUGUGAAUCAACUGUCACCAAUAAUGUUUAUGGACUAAUAAGCAUUUCAUUUUAUUUUUGCAUUUUUGCUGUAAUUAUUGUAUCCUAUAUAAAGCUUGCCAUUGCAUGUAAAGCAUCAUUAGAGUGCAGAAAGAAAUUUUGGCAGACAUGUGUGCCUCAUGUACUUUCAUUAGUAAAUUUCAGUGUUGCAAUACUUUUUGACACAAUGUACAACAGAUAUGGCUCAACCAAUUUCCCAGAUGACCUGCGUAAUUUUUUGGCUUUAGAAAUAAUUAUUGUGCCGCCUCUUUUUAAUCCUGUAAUCCAUGGCUUAAAUCUCAAACAAGUCCGCAACAGAGUCUUGAAAUCAUGCAUAAAUUUCUUGAAAAAAUCAAGAUAA